UCGGUUUCUUGUUUGAUGCCCCUGUUCUCGUUACCACAAAGCAGCAAGCCCCUGUCAUGGACCGAUGCCUCCGGUAAUACCUAUUCCUAUUACGAGCAGCCUUUUUUGAAGUCCGUUAUCUUCAUUCUGGGCCAGGAGCUGUGUGAACGAUUGGCAUAUUACGGCCUAACGCCCAACUUGCAGACCUUCCUAAAAGAGUUUGCUGGUAUGGAUGAUAGUGGAGCCAACUCUUACAUUUCUAUUUUCAAUUCGAUCAUUUACUUGACCCCCCUAGUGUCGGCCGCUCUAUCCGAUACUAUCCUCGGUCUAUACGUCACUAUCGUCGUAUUUUCACUGAUCUAUGCAUGUGGGUUGGUUCUACUGACGCUAUCAGCAGUAGAGUCCAUCUCUGAACAAUGGAUGAUUGAUGUGGCACUACUCUUCCUCAUUGCACUCGGUGCUGGUGGUAUCAAGAGUUGUGUCAACAUCAUGGGUGCCCAGCAAUUCCAUCCUGAGUACCACAGGAGCCUUAUCACAAGGUAUUACACCUAUUUCUAUGCUACUAUCAACGUUGGUAGUAUUAUUGGUGGUAUCGUCUCCCCCAUCCUUGUGCAGGAGUGCUCCUUCUUCGUGGCUUUCCUCUUCAUUACAAUCGUCUUCUUGUGCGCCUGUGUAGUAUUCCUAUCGGGUGGUAUAUUGGGGAGAUAUGUCAAGCCGAAGCCGCAGGGUUCGGCAGUUCUGAAAGUGGUGGAGGUCCUCUGCGUCGCCUGUACAAAGUUCUCACUCGAUAAGUGCAAGAAGUCGAAGGGUGGAAAAUUUGAGGAUUCCUUUAUUGAGGACACGAGAUGUUUAUUGCGACUGGUGCCUAUGUUUACUAUUGUUAUCCCAUUCCAGAUGGUCUACACUCAAAUGACUACUGCUUAUUUGACGCAGGCCAGUAAGAUGGAUACAGACACCUUCGGUUGGGAUAUGCCUGCAGCAAUGUUCCAGAAUGUCGAUCCCUUCGCUGUUAUUGUUAACUCGCUGAUAUUGGAUCAGCUCGUAUUCCCCUUCCUACAAAGGAGAAACAUGAUGCCCUCAGUGUUGGUGAGAUUUUGCCUGGGUUGUGUGGCUGGUGCAUGCUCCUUGUUAUGUGCUAUGGGGUUAGAGUAUGUCGUGAUGGCGAAGCCUUUAUUCACUAUCUCAGCAUGGUGGCAGGUCCCUCAAUUCUGGCUUAUUGCUCUCGGUGAGUGUUUUCUAUUCGCUACCUCGUACGAAGUCGCCUUCACUUACUCACCUGGGCAAUUGAAGGCAUGUGCUUCUGGGUUAAACCUCUUGUUCUUCUCAUUCGGUUCUAUGCUCUCGGCCGUGCUCUUCCAGGUCUGCUCGCCCUGGUUACCUGAUUUCAAACCCGACGAUCCUUCUACAUGGGGCGGAUCUCAUUACGAUUAUUACUACAUGGUCUUGAUCGGCUUUUGCAUCCUGGGUGCUCUUGGCAGUCUAGCGCUCAUUCCUUACUUCAACAGGGUCGCGGCGGCUAACCUGGGAGUUGCUCAAAAGGAUACCAGGCAGUCGAAGGGGAGCACUGUCGACUCGGAGGCCGGCGGCGUGGACGGUAAAUCUUCGAAAUCUGCUGUGAAGUCUGACCCUGCUGACUUGGAAGGUUAG